AUGCCUCUCAGCAGAGUGUCGCUGGGCUUCCUCGGCCUUUUCUUCACGGCCGGUGCCAUAGUGCUCAUUUUCCUCACACUCUUGGCCGGAUCGCGCAAUAGCACACCCUUGAAUGAGAUUUACUUCCUCCAGGCCGACACGGGCAACAUCCCAGGAGCCCCGACAACCGCGCGCUGGACCUUCUGGAACGUCUGCAAUGUGACCUCCAGUGGUCGAAAUGACUGCGGUAGCUCGCACCCCGACUUCCCCUUCGACCCCCCAAGCAGCCGUAACUUCGGCACGACCGAGAAUGUUCCCCAGGAGUUUAUCGGGACCAACCAUUACUUCUUGACGUCCCGAUUCAUGUUCCCCUUCAUCAUCAUUGGUCUCUUCUUCACCGUACUCUCUCUCUUCACUGGCUUGCUGGCCAUGUGCACGCGCAUUGGCAGCUACCUGUCUGGCUUCCUCGCGUGGCUGGGACUGACCUUCCAGACCAUCACUACUUGCCUUAUGACCGCCGUCUUUGUCCAGGGUCGGGAUGCCUUCAACCGCAAUGGUCAGAGCUCCAAGCUGGGCGUCAAGGCAUACGCUUUCAUGUGGACCGCGACCGCCUGUCUGUUCAUCUCCUGCAUGCUCUACUGCGCUGGCGGUGCAGUCGGUCGUAAGGAUGGUGGAUACAGCGGGCGCAAGGAGCGUCGCCGUGGAUUCUUCACUUCUGCCCGCUCUAACAGCGUGAAGAGCCAGAAGAAGGAGGAGACUUCCUACGCCUAA